AUGUAUUUUUUUAUUUGUGUCCUCUCCUUGAUAGACUUCAUCCUCAUCAACAAUGUAGUUCCUGAGGUUCUCACCAACUGCGUCAUUUACCGGCCCACUAUUACGUUCUCCAGAUGUUUGUCUCAAAUGUAUCUGGGUCUACUGCUUGUCUCAACAGAGUGUGUUCUCCUUGCAGUCAUGGCGUAUGAUCGUUUUGCAGCUAUAUGCAAGCCUUUACACUACAUGCAGAUCAUGAGUUGGAGAAUAUGUAUUUGUCUGACGGCUGUGUCUGUAGGCUUUCCUUCCCUGACGACCCUUAUCAAUGCACUAUUACGACCCACUGACUUUUGUGGCCAAUAUAUUAUCAAUCAUUUUGCAUGCGAAUUGCAAUCUUUCCUCAAACUGGCUUGCUCUGACACACAGAUUAGUGAGAUCUUCAUGCAAGGCGUCACCUUCUCUCUUGUAAUCCCACCAUUUGGCUUCAUAGUCAUGACUUAUGGGAAAAUAGGUCAUGCUGUAUUGCGCAUGCAUUCAGCCCAGGGUCGUAGGAAGGCCUUCUCUACCUGUAGCUCUCAUCUUGCUGUAGUCAGUGUCUUUUACGGGACAAUUAUGAUCAUGUACUUGAUGCCCCAAGGAAAAGCUAUUUCUGACAAGGAAAAGAUCCUAUCUGUAGUCUAUGGAGCUCUGACUCCUAUGCUGAAUCCUAUAAUUUAUAGCCUGAAAAACAGGGAUGUGAAGGGGGCUUUUUGGAAACUGAUUGGGCAAAAGAUGUCAGGAUAG